CACAUGGAAACUGCUUAAAUUCUGCUUACGUAUACCUAACCAGGAUUAUUGUUGUUGGGCUUAACAACGGUACCGGUAUGCGCGCCGUCCUCUUUCGGUCGCAUGCCUGGGCCAGCCGCGUUGUCAGUCCCCGCAAACAGAUAUCCACGCACGCUGCAAGUAUAAGCACAGCCAAUGUUAUGUUGAAUUGCGCUUCUACGUACCUGUAUGCGUUGCCGGUUAGGCCAAACGGCAACCCAGUGCUGGGACCUAGCGAUUGGGAUGACUACUCGCUUUGGGUCGGCGCAUUUUCCGCACGAGGAGAGGGAAAAUGGGCUGCUACACAAGAACGGGAAGUGCGAGAAUACGGCUUGGAGUUUCGACAAGCAGGACCAGGAGGACGCGUCCUUCUGCGGUUUGACGAACCGACUCGCAGCGCGUUUCACAACAAAGUCCGCUUGUUCAGGCGCCUGACGGCUGCGCGUGUUGACUGUAUCCCACCCACCGUCUUCUCACCAAGCGAGGCUCGCAAAGCCAUGGCCGCCAGCCCCCCGGGCACAGUAUGGUUCUACAAGAAGGCCAAGGCAUCACGCGGCCAGGGCGUCUUCCCGAUCACCUCCCUAGACCAGCUGCCACCUGAGGAGUUGCAGGAAGCCGAGGCCGCAGCUGCGGAGACAGCAAAAGUUGCUGAGGCUAGCAGCGCUGCCCCCGCUGCUGCCGUUCCCUCUGCCGCUACUUUGGAAGCCGCCGCUUCUUGCCCGAGUGGUGGUGCGAGUAGUCCAACCGCUACUUCUGGCAACAACAGCAACGCUUGCAGCAGCGGCAGCGGCGGCAUCUUCCAGCAGCAAGUCCCCCGCAUGCUGUUGUGUGCGGACGGCAGGAAGUUCGACUUGCGUGUGCUGGUGGUUGUGGGUCCGGGCCGGAGAGCCUGGCUGCACCGCACCCUCUACCUGCGCAUCGCAACCGCACCCUUCAGUUCGGGCGCAGACCUCUCGCGUGCAGCCCAGUGUACGAACAUCAGUCAGGGCGGCGCCGUACAUGCCGUACGGGGAGGAGCCGGGGGUGGUGUAGGUUGUGCGGGUUUUGACCUGGAGGGGGAGUCGUUGUUGCCAGAGUAUGAUGUCGUACUGCGCAAUGUAUGUGAUGCGACAAGGGACGUCAUUGGGGCAACGUACGACAUCCUACCAGGCCCUUCUUCGGAACCGGUAGCUGCGACGAUGACAUCAACUACGACAACGGUAACAAUACCUCAGGAAGCAGUACAACAUCAUCACAAAGCCGUACAAAGUCAACCUGCCCUACGACAACAAGGUGAUGGCCGCGAUGCCAUUCACUACUUUGGAUUCGAUUACAUGUUGGACGAGCAGUUGAAGCCCUGGCUACUGGAGGUCAACAGCACGCCGCGGCUGGUGAACUGUAACAACGCGGGUACGGGAGGUGCCGUACACGAGGCCCUGGUGGAGAUGUUGUACGGCAUCGUGGAGCCGUACCUGGAUGGUGGUGCUGCCGGGGCGGUUGGGCAGCACGCGGGGGGGUGGCUGCCGGUCUUCCCGUGAAGGCAGCUGCCACUGCUGCAGCUUCUGGACUUGUACAGGCUGUGGUAUUGUGCUAGACUGCUAGCACCGUUAAGGGACAACAGGAAUGGGAACUAGGCGCUCCGGUUAAAGGUGGUUGUUAUUGGUGGAGGUUGCCAACAGGGGGUAGCGUUAGCGGUCCCGUGGGUUGGGAGAGAGAGGGGG